AGUGUCAUCGGUUGUUCAUUGAAGCGUGACAUGUGUUAAAUAUUCCACGUUCUGUUUUGACGAGAGCUUCGGUACAAACUCGUUUCAUCGAAGUUUUCGAGUGGUACCAGGAACCCUACAUUCUGGACACUUAGGAAAAAGUCCAGUUGAAACAUCUGUGGCCUCGGAAUCCGUAACUAAACGAACACAUGAAUGGGAAAGCGAAUCGAACAGAACAAUGUCGCGUGCACGCCAACAUUAGGGAGAAUGCUGAAAUGAAAUGACCGAUCCUUCUCGUUAGAAGACGUUCAUUUACGUCAAAAGACUACUGGUGUAAUUCCAGUUUUACACAAGGAACGACGAAAUUCUGACCGUGAAGAAGGCGCCCCGUCAGGACUCCCGACAGAAGACGCUCUCCGAGUACGUGAGCUAAUGUUGGCUGGAGUUUCAGAGGACAUUAUAACGUUAGAAAAUGGCCUUAGCUUUCUUUGGUCGUGAUGGUAUAUUCAGCGUUUUCAUUCUUCUCGGAAUUGUUGGAAUUUCAGCUCAACAAUCUGGAGUUCCUCCUCAAGUGAAAAAUUCUUCUCCUCCAAGGGUCGUCAAACCCGUUGGUGAAGAAGAAGUCAAACUGGUCUGUAACGUGAGAGAUGCUCAGAACUACACGUGGUAUAAAAACGGUAAAGCCAUUCUUCAAUCGUCCGGACGUUACACAGUAAGGAGUAAGAGAUUUCUACGAAUAACCGGCCGCGUUCAAAAAUCCGACAGUGGAGUGUUUGUUUGCGUGGCAGCGAACAGUUAUGGAAGUGCAAACUGCACCAUAAGAUUGAUAGUUGAAGACCCAACAGUUUCACCUACGAACAUUACAGGAGAAAAGCCACAAUUCCUUUAUCCAACGAAAAUGGAGGCGAUAAAAUCGGCUUAUAAGGAAGGCGACAAGUUUACACUGACGUGCGAGGCCAAAGGUGUCCCAGCUCCGGUAGUCACGUGGUACAAGGACGACAAGGUGUUUCAAGGAAGACACAGAGCCGGCGAGUUUAUAGCAACAGGGCAAUAUGACUACAUUAUUAACUUCUUUGGAGUGGAUGUCGCUGAUGAGGGGAAUUACACAUGCAUUGUAUCGAACAUGUAUGGCCGAUUAACAUAUUCGUACAACUUUGACGUAAUUGAGAAAAUCCGCAGCGUUCCUCACAUAUUUAUCAUAUGGGAACAGGAAGAACCUGUCUAUGCUGGUAGCAACCUUGAACUGCACUGUAUUGUACUCACAAAGGAUCCCGAUACUAGAUAUCGUUGGUAUUACCGUGAUUCUGACGUCCCGGAUGACAAGAAGUUAGGCACUCUCAUAAACCAGAGCCUGUACGAACUAACGCAGCGUCAAAACGGCGACCAAAAUGGCCAAAAUGGCCAACGUUGGCCAAAAUGGGAGCUAAAACUGAAGUUGAAAAACGUGUCUGCGGCUGAUUCCGGACAGUAUGCAUGUCAAGCUGAAAACGUUGUUGGUAAUGAUACACGGUUCACCCACCUCAAUGUCACAAUCAGACCCAUUACCCCGUCAGCAACAGGUGCGCCAGUGAUCACCACUCUGGUAGAUACGCGUACCCCUGCCUCAGAACAUGCGCAGUCAGAUCCACCUUUAUUAACACCGCUGGAGAUCGGCCUGUUUGUCGCGGGCGCCGUCAUCAUGAUAGUGCUGAUCGUCGCUGUCCUUUGCGUCUGUAUACACGUGAAGAACCGUAGGAAGAGUAUGAAGCUACCGGACGCUAAAUACGACGUUGCUAGGGAAAGUGUUGUCAUUGAACCACAAAGUUUCUCCCGAAGGACGGCAUCUGUGUCCUCGACUGGAUCAGCGGCAGCUUUGUUCAUGCGACAGAGGAGUAUUCGUGGUCGCCUGGAGUCGAGGCUAACACAGGUGUCGGAAAUCGAGGUGCCAUAUGACGAGGCUUGGGAGCUGGAUAGAAGCCAGUUGGUUUUCUCUGAGAUACUGGGCGAGGGAGCGUUUGGCCGAGUUCUUAAAGCAGAAGCUCUUGGUCUGGGUUUCACGGUAGCUGUCAAGAUGCUAAAAGAGGAUGCAACAGAUCAAGAAUUAAUGGAUUUGGUGUCAGAGAUGAAGGUGAUGAAAACAAUAGGAAAACACAAGAACAUCAUUAAUUUAUUGGGAGUCUGCACUCAGGAAGGCCCCUUGUUUGUUGUGGUAGAAUACGCGGCCCUUGGCAACCUGCGUCAGUUCCUACAAGAAAGAAGACCUGGGUUAGAAUAUCAUGAUGGCGUUGAUGCCCAGUCUCCGAAGCAACUCACUGUUCAAGAUCUGCUAUCUUUCUGUUAUCAAGUAGCAAAGGGAAUGGAAUUCCUCUCAUCAAGGAAGUGCAUUCAUCGAGAUCUGGCAGCUCGAAAUAUUCUGGUGGCUAAAGAUAGGGUCAUGAAGAUUGCUGAUUUCGGUCUUGCAAGGAACGUGCAUGAAGACGAUUAUUACAGAAAAACAACAGACGGAAGACUUCCAGUGAAGUGGAUGGCGCUUGAGGCAUUGAUUGACAGAGUCUACACCACCCAAAGUGACGUGUGGUCGUUUGGAGUGUUGACGUGGGAAAUUGUAACAUUUGGUGGCUCUCCAUAUCCCGGCAUACCAGUGGAAAAUCUCUAUGGGCUGCUCAAGUCCGGUUAUAGGAUGAAACGACCAAUCAAUUGCGACAGAGAAUUGUAUCAGCUCAUGCUAAACUGCUGGAGUGAGUUUGCCGACAAAAGACCAACUUUUCCGGAUCUUGUGGGAGAAUUCGAUCGUAUGAUAACGAUGCUCUCAGACAAGGAAUAUCUUGACCUUCAGCCACCACUUGUGAGUCCACUGUCUGCAAGAACGCCUUCAUCUUCCGAAGAAGACAACGUCUUCGGAAGUUCAGAAAACGUGUGUGAUUUGUCGAAAAGUAGCAACAGUUUGAAUUUUCACGACGGAGAAGUCUCCCAAGAUGGCGCGCAUGAUGUGGGACAUGUUGAAGAUGGUGAUGGCUACGCUGACAUUCGCCGUCAGCCCGUCAAUGAGCCACUUCUUGAUUCCUGCGGAAGCAAAACGUCGUUAGCUUCUAAAUCCUCACUUUUCGCCAAACGAAAACUCGACCAACUCAACGGGAGUAUCGUCUCGCUUUCCUCACAACUAAGUAAACAAUUUCGUGGGCUAGAAGACAACGAAGAGCACAACAAAGAAGAAAAUGUCGGUCUUUUAGAUGGGGAAGUCGAUCAAGGAAGCGACGAUGCUUUUGAAACUGGUGACAUCAAAAAUUCGAAAAGUUUACCGGAGCCAUCACAAGGUGGUCGCGCCUCAGGAAGACCACAAGACAGCGGUGCCAUGGAAACAAGUCUGGAUUCCGGAGAAAUUGAUCCUGCUGUAUUGAUCGAGUACGCACGCCCAGAAAAGACAAAUCCCACAAGAAGACCCUCCAAACAGAGCGAUGUCUAACGUUGAAGCAAUUAAAAAGAAACCUUGGAAACUACAGAUAGAUGUGUUUGAAUGUGCGAGGUGACUGUUUCUUAUCUUUGUCUUUAACGGAAAUGCUCGUCACUGGAAAGUCCUCGCCUUAAAUGGAUUCUUGGCGACGUAGUAAAGAGCAGCAGAACAUAUCCGAGGAAAGAGAAAAAAGGAUCAGAGCCAUGCUGCCUCGCAUCGAGACCUUACCGAGCUUUUGAUGCUACCAAGUCUAGCUGCUCUUAUAUAUUGGCACCUGCCUCCAAACAAACGGAACUUUCAGAUACCGACAAUUUUCGACUAGGAAAUGUCAAUUACACGAAUGGAAUGCAUUCAAUUACCAAGCAUACACUUACCGUUAGCUUGUGACGUCACUUACAUAUGUAUGGGUAAGCAAAAUCGCACACCAACCUCGUUCUCAGGUUCUCUCUCCUCUGCUUCCCUUGGUCGUUGGAAGAAAGACCCUGGUUGCGGCUGGUCACGUGACCACCCAGAAUCUGGGUGGUAAAAAAAUGUGUUUGGUGGGAGGGGUGGCAGAGUGUUUUGAUUGUUGCUGGGAAAAACUUUGUGGGUUUCAAAAACUCGAGCAGUCGCUAAAAACUACCCGCUUUAUCGGGAUUUAAUGUGGAAUUUUGCCGAUGAAGAAUGCUACAUUAUUCUGCCGUCUCCAAAAUAUGGAAGACUUUCGUUCACAACUAAGGAAUUCGGCAGCCGAAUGAAGCUCAAACUUUUCGACAGUUAGCACAUUAAAACGUCAGGUACCGAAUCGAAGUGAAACCAGUGGAUUAGUCUCUUGAAUCUUUGAAUUCGGAGGUAAUUUAUUUUCAUCGUGAGCAGCAUUUUGGAUGUUAAAAAGUAUUUCUGUCCCACGGCCGAUUAGCCAAGUAUUCUGACUUGCAUUUGAUUGACAGCAAUGUAAAAUGAUUUACAGUUUUGUUGACUUAAGCCUGCACUAUACAUGUAAUACAGUUUUAAACAGUUUUACUUUUUAGUAAUUCAACCGGCUGGAAUUGAAAUCAGAGUGAUACUGGAUUUAUAUAAAUAUAUUUCGUCUGACCUGUGUGAAACUGUAAGACUGGAGAAUUUCGAAGGCGUAUUUGCCUGUGUGUGGUUUAAUAUAGAGAUGACCAGCGAUGACCAGCGAUCGCCUUUCUUUCGCUUCAGUUGAGGUCUACAAAAAUUAUUCGUUAACUCUACCCCCGUGGAAAAGUUUGUGUCACAGGUGGUCACGUGACCAGCAGCAACCAGGGUCUUUCUUCCAACGACCAAGGGAGGCAGAGGAGAGAGAGCCUGGGAACGAGGUUAAUCGCGCACAUUUUCAUUUUGUGCCGGACAAGCAAAUAUAGAUCUUCUCAAAGAAGAUGUAAAGACUAAGGUUGUAACGUUCCUUUACUCCCCGCUACUCUUUUCCUCCAAGGUUUAUGCCAGUCCUUACGUAUCGCAGAUACUCAGGAAGUUACUCAGCCAAACAACUGUAUUCGCCCUGUGAACCGUAGAGGAGCGAGGCGAACUAGAAUUUAAGAGGGAGGACCUAGUUAAGGGUUCUUCUACCCUAAAUAUUGUAGUUAAUAACAAAGUUGGCUGCCCUUUCUCUCUCUCAGCUUGGAAGUUGGGGAGGAAGAUAAAUAUUUCCUAAGAAGGCAUGAGAUUUUUGUCGUAGACAGUAAGUGUGCAAGCCGUUUGCCAGACUGUUACAGGUUUUUGUUUGUUUUCCUAACGAACAACUUACCCCUUUUAUAAAGGAAUUUUUUAUUUAUUUCUUACUAUUUUUAAAUGGUAGAAAAACAUUAGACUACGCCGAGAGUCUGAUGAGAUUUAACUGAUUGCUGAGAAUUGGUCAAAAUUUUGACUGUCAGCUAAGAAAUAAUGGAUGUUUUUUUAUUUUUUUUCAACCGAUAGCUGAUAUUUUUUUGUCUUAUUAUUUUACUUUUUUGAUAGAUGAUAUUUUACAGUGAUAGCUGAGAUCUGAGCUAGCACAAUGUAGUGAUAGCUGACUGAGAACGUGGUCUGACAAUUUGAUAACUGAGAUUCCAGCUUCCCAAUUACGCCCCGUCCACCCCACGCCGGAGAAAUUUGAAAACGCAGCUUUAUUUCUCCGGUUAGGCCUACCGUCCACACUAAUCCGUCACGAAAACGGAGCUUUUCGAAAACGCUCUACAAACCGGAAGAAUAUGAAAACGCCGGAUUUGCGUUUAGUGUGGACGGAAAACAUUUUGAAAACGGAGCUUUUCGAAAACGAUGACAUUACGAUAUACAUGUGAUUUCCCCACCCGAGUCUUCCUCAAACACAAAUCCAAAAUGGCAAAGUGUGGACGAAAAACAUUUGAUGCGUUUUCAGGGUGAAAACGCCGUUUCAAACUUUUUCUGCGUAGAGUAGACGGGCCUUAACGAAAUUAAAUUGUAACUUUUGUUUUCAAAUUCAAGUGAAGUCGUGCUUCACGAUGAAGUCUAUAUAGGGCUAAAACAAGAUCAAUAGUAUAACAAGGAAAUAUUUCAUGAAGUGAAUUUUGGUUGGAAGCGAGGGAAAUUUACCACGAAACGAAUGAAAAUAAUACAAAAAUUUCCUGGCUUCCAUCUCGAACCUUUGGGACAAAUAUUGUCCUCCUCUCAGUUGUACAUUGUGAGUUAAAGAAUCCGUACCUGUCCUGUUCACACCAAAAUUCAAAUCCCGUAAUGGAAAGCUUGAUUUUAUCUUUAGCUCAACGUAUUUAGUUAGUUCAAACUGGGAAUGCGGUCGAUGCAACCUCGCUUUAGCGAAAAAUUUCUUCGGGAAAUAAGUGUUAGUUUAGGUCUUAAGUACAGAUCCCGUUUUCAAGAAUGCGUCCGUGUUUACCAGCAGAUAGGUUACUAAGCAACACUGUUAACCUAGUGGCACUUUCUGAUUGGAUAAUACGAAAACUGUUCAUAUUCUUUGUUCUUGUGGGAGGAUUUGAAGAAAAAGACAAUGAUUUCCCGAAAUGUGUUCAGUAAUGUUAAUAUGGUAAUAGUCAAAAUAUCUUAAACCGCACGCCUCAACAGUAAAAUUAAUGCAUGCGUUUUAAAACUCUCAAAGAGUAUAAAUGUCUGAUUAAAAGGUCACGGAAUAAUUGUU